UGUAUUCUGUGAUUGGUCGGAGGUGCCACAAGUUCUAUGUUCGAAUUCGGUUAGCACAGAGAAGCAACAAUUGGAGAAAAAAAAAAAAGUUAAUAAUGUUUAUAUCGUUUAUCCUGGCGAAAGUUUUCUGAAGUACCACUGGAGAUCCAGUCACUCAACAACCACUGUGCUGACAGGAGCUCUACAACUUCGACUGCUUUAACUGCGGUCACUUCCAGAAGAAAGACGCAAUAAGUUGCCCGCGUCCCUCCAGUGCAUCCUGCUGCUUGAUGGUCUACAGCAUGUUGGGGUAUACCUUAUGCUGCCUUACCCUGUUGCUGGCGGUGCCCCCUCCAGGCUCAGCAGCCCAGCCUUACAAUGGAGAGAAAGGCAUUUCGGUACCGGAUCACGGCUUCUGCCAGCCCAUCUCCAUUCCACUGUGCACGGACAUUGCCUACAACCAGACCAUCAUGCCUAACCUACUGGGCCACAAUAACCAGGAGGAUGCCGGCUUGGAAGUGCACCAGUUUUACCCCCUCGUCAAGGUGCAGUGUUCCCCCGAGCUGCGCUUCUUCUUAUGCUCCAUGUACGCCCCGGUGUGCACCGUUCUGGAGCAGGCCAUCCCUCCGUGCAGAACCCUGUGUGAGCGGGCGCGACAAGGCUGCGAGGCUCUCAUGAACAAAUUUGGUUUCCAGUGGCCCGAACGGCUGCGCUGUGAGCACUUCCCAGUGCAGGGAGCAGGCGAGAUCUGCGUAGGGCAAAAUACAUCUGACACCCCCAGCGGCCCUACAGCUCGCCCAACGACUUAUUUACAUGACAUUACUGUCCAAGCUCCGGCCCCUAAACCCUUCACCUGCCCGCGACAGCUCAAAGUGCCUCCCUACCUCGGAUACCGUUUCAUGGGAGAGAAAGACUGCGGUGCCCCAUGCGAGCCCGGCCUGCCCAAUGGACUUAUGUAUUUCAAGGAGGAAGAAGUGCGCUUCGCCCGACUGUGGGUUGGUAUCUGGGCUCUGCUGUGUGCAAUCUCCACGCUGUUCACCGUACUUACCUACCUGGUUGAUAUGCGCCGCUUCAGCUACCCAGAGCGGCCCAUCAUCUUCCUGUCUGGUUGCUACUUCAUGGUAGCCGUGGCCUACGCUGCCGGCUUCCUGCUGGAGGAGAAGGUUGUGUGCGCGGAGCGCUUUGCAGAGGACAGUUACCGCACGGUGGCGCAGGGCACCAAGAAAGAGGGGUGCACCAUCCUCUUCAUGAUCCUCUACUUCUUUGGCAUGGCAAGCUCCAUCUGGUGGGUUAUUCUCUCCCUCACCUGGUUCCUGGCGGCCGGCAUGAAAUGGGGCCAUGAAGCCAUCGAGGCGAACUCUCAAUACUUUCACCUUGCAGCCUGGGCAGUACCUGCCGUGAAGACCAUUACCAUCCUGGCACUUGGGCAAGUGGAUGGGGACACCCUUAGUGGGGUUUGCUACGUUGGCAUUCAGAGUGUGGCAUCACUGCGGGGCUUCGUGCUGGCACCCCUGUUUGUCUACUUGUUUAUCGGCACCUCAUUCCUGCUGGCUGGGUUCGUGUCACUCUUUAGGAUCCGCACUAUCAUGAAGCACGAUGGCACCAAGACUGAGAAGUUGGAGAAGCUAAUGGUGCGUAUUGGAGUAUUCAGUGUGUUGUACACUGUGCCGGCCACCAUAGUUCUGGCAUGUUACUUUUACGAGCAAGCUUUUAGGGAAACGUGGGAAAAGACAUGGCUCAUGCAGACAUGUAAAAGCUUUGCCAUUCCCUGCCCACAAGGACAACACCACAUGGCUCCCAUGAGCCCGGACUUCACAGUGUUCAUGAUAAAGUACCUCAUGACAAUGAUUGUGGGCAUCACAUCCAGCUUCUGGAUCUGGUCAGGCAAAACCUUGCAGUCCUGGCGUAGGUUCUAUCACAGACUCGGCCACGGGGGUAAAGGAGAGACUGCUGUAUAAAGAGUUUGUGGCCCGAAGUGGAUAAGGGCUGGAGUGACACUAAUCAGCUGGACAGUAUAUGGUUUUACAAAUACUUUUAAUGCAACAAGUGUUUUUGUGUUUUGGUUGAUAUCUUGGGCUGGCUAUAAGACUUUUAUGCACAAAUGAACAUUUUGUUGGCCCAUGAUAUAAAUGAUUUUAAAUGGCCUGUUUUUUUUUUUUUUUUAAGGAUUGAGAACAUUUUGGAACUAUAAAUGUAAUUUGAGCUACUCUUUAACAUGGUUUUAAAAUGUGAUCAGGGUCUAUAGAAUGCAUUUUAUAAAUGAAACUAAUCCAUAAGGGAGAAAGCUUUGUUUCUAUGGUAAGAACUUAGCAGUUAGAGAACACACUUGCUUUCCCUUGUUCCAUAUAUACUAUUCACUGAAGAGUACACUGCAUGAACAUUCCAAUGUUCUGAAUAACCUACUCAUUAAAUGUAAACAAUACAUAUUGGUUCCUUGGAGUGUAGAAAGUUGUUGACUUAGCCUCAAUCUUGGACAUCUGUAAUGCAUUUUCACAGUGCCUAAGUUAUGCAGCUGGUACAUUUCCAUACUGAGAAGAGCAUAUUUUAAUAUCAUAAGUACAGUCAUACUGCAAAAAUGUAGAUUUAUGGGGAGAUUCUUGGUUUUGUCAUUUACUCAGCUGUUAGAAGUAUGAUUUUUCUUUUUCUCUCCCCUUGUGUGUUUAUCCAGUAGAUCAAAGCUUGCAGGUAGUUUGUAAACUGGGUUCCUUAAGCACCAUGCAGGCAGUUAAUUAAAGAACAUGUGAAUUAGACCACAUCUACCCAGCAGCUGGGCAAAUACAGCCAUUUGGUUGAAACUACCACAUACUGAUUUGUCUAAGGUAUUUUUAUUACUGCAUAAUUACAUUUACACAAAUAUUUAGUUUUUUGUUCCUAUGCAUCUUCUGAUUUCUAUAAUAUGCAGAUUACAAAUAUAAAGCAUUUCGUUUUCAGUGAACAGAAUGAAUUGGGCACAAUCCAGCUAACGAAAUGUUUUGAGGAAUGUUAAAGCUGCUCGUAAUUAGCUCUUAUUUUAUUUUCUCUCUAAGCUGCCUGCAUUUUUUGCAAUACUCAAUAUGCAGACAUUUUGUCAAAGGUUUCAUCCUCCAUUUUUUAUAUAGCAAGGCCAUACUGUGUUAAAUUCCUUCACACCAACCAAAGCUGGUUAAUGCAGUAUUCAAAACAUUAUUUACCCGAAUUGAGUGGUAUUAAUAAAAAAAUUAAAUUAAACCCGUUUCUAUAGCACUAAUAUAACUGAAGGGUCGGCAACAAACUGUUAAAUCACUUGAGCAGUAUAGAGGAUACAUACGUCAAACACUAAUUUUGAUGUUUACAUUUCAUUCUUUUUACCUAACUACGUAUUAGCAUUUUUAAUGUACGGCAGAACCAUAUACCCCCCUUUUUUUUUUUUUUUUUUUUUUUUUUUUUUUUUUUAAACAUCCAAUUAUGACCUGUAACAGGUACACUGUAUAUAAUAAAAUAUUGCAGGUUAAUGGACUGAACAUCUUUAAUAAAUGCACAAUCUGUCUUACAUUUUUGUAGUUUGCGUAAAUACGUUUUUAAAGGUCCCCCCCCAGUGGAAUACAGAAAUUGCUGCAUAAUGGUUAUUUUGAAAGUCAGAAAGACUAUGUAUUACACUAAAUCUAUUUUAUAUAUAUUUUUUUUAACAUGCAUGACAAACUAUCAGCAAAUGAAGACUACAUUGUUUAUAUAUUUUUGUAAAUAACUGUACCUUUUUUUUGUACGAAGAUUAUAUUAUAUAUGUAUUUAUAUGUUUCUACUUUGACAUACAUGGCCCUCAAGCCUCACUAUCUUGUGUACAGAUCACUAAAUAAAGCCUACUUUUUAGGUAUUA